UUUCGCAAAUUUCACAUGUGUAGGAUUCAUUACUUCAUUUGCUUGCAGGACAAUGGAGAAAAUAUGCAGAGUUUGCAUGGGAACGAAGCAUUCUGGAGCAUUCACAAACAUAUUUGAUGAGACACAAAAGGGGGCCAGCAUCUCCAUUGCUGACAUGAUAUCGGAGUGUACGGGGUACGUGGUUAGGCGUGGGGAUUCGCUAUCUGAAAAAAUAUGUCCGAAUUGCCUGGAGGAUGCAGUGAGCGCCUUCAAACUGAAGAAAACCUGCGAGCGGAGCCAUAAGCUAUUUUUCACGCUGAUGGAGGAGGGUAGAGACGCAGACGAGGAUCGGAAACAGUCGGAUAGUCGGAACCAAUUUGAAACUGAUGAAGCGAAACAGGACGAUUGUAAACGUCGCUUCCAAUGCUCCUUCUGUACAGAAUCAUUUGCAAGAAAAUCGCAGCUAUGUGGACACACCCGUAUUCACGCGGGGGAGCGACCGUACAAGUGUCGUCACUGCCCGAAGUCAUUUAAGCAUAAAUCGAAUUUACAACUACACAUCCGUAGUGAGACGGCAGAUCGACCGUUUAAGUGUUCCCAUUGCUGCAGGUCGUUUAAACAAUCCGCCUAUCUGCGAAUGCACAUAAUACGCAUCCACACGAGUGAAACACCCAACCACCAAUGCCCCCAAUGCACAAGAGCCUUCCCAGAAGAAUCCAAUCUUAAAAGACACAUGCGUAUGCACACAGAGGAACGACCGCACAAAUGCUCGGAAUGCUCAAAGUCGUUUAUACAUAAAUACAAACUAGAAAGACACGUCAGUACGCACUCAAAGGAUCGACCCUACAAGUGCUCUCACUGCUCCAAGUCAUAUAAGCAAAAUAAACAUCUCAUCGCUCACAUACACCAUAUUCACCCUGCAGAAGAAGAGGCCGCAUCAAAGGAAGAGCAAAAGAAAGCGAACGAAUCUGUGGAGCGACCCUACCUGUGCACGCACUGCUCAAAGUUAUUUAAGCAACAUAAACAUCUCAUCAGUCACAUUUGUAUUCGCAAUGCAACAGGAAAGAUCAAACCAAUUGAAGGCCGAAGGGUAGCGGAAUCAUUUGAAUCUGGGGUGCGAACGUUUCAGAAUGCUUUUAUGAAUUAUUUAUGUUAAUGAAGGUUAUUCUAUAUUAAAAUUAUAAUAACUGAAAACAGAACUAAAAACGUUUCCGGAAGAGUAUAAUAUACCCUAACACCCUGCUGAAAGAGCAUCCGACCGUCAACUUCGAUAGUGUGGAAGCGCUUUUUCUUUUUCUCCCAGUGUGGGCAGCUCCUUGUAAGAGAUGAGAAUUUCCGUGUUAGUAAGGGGUGGCCGCUUAACUACGAUCAGUAGAAGAUAUAGCAAAAUAGCACGACAAGAUGCAUUCAUUGGGUCACAAAAAUUUG